CUUAGACAAGUUCAUCAGACAGAUCACGGACAGACACUUUAAUGGAAGGAGCUGCGUUGGCAUCUCGUGUGGUAGAUAUGGGCGGGUUGAGUAAGAAGCUUUUCUGCUGCGGGUGGGUUCCCCAGGCCCACAGAGAGGAACUCUACCACGUUCUGAGGAUGACGGGGCCUCUGCUUCUCUCUCGAAUCCUCAAUUACCUCCUUCCAUUUGUGGUUACCAUGUUCUGUGGGCGUCUGGGAAAUGAGGUGAUGGCUGGCUACGGGUUAGCCUCUGCUACUAUUAAUAUCACCUCUUUAGCAACAGGGUAUGGACUGGGCUUGACAUGUGACACAUUGGUCUCUCAGACAUUUGGUGGAAAGAACCUGCUGCGGGUGGGGGUGAUCCUUCAGCGGGGCAUCAUCAUCCUGCUGUUGUUCUGUCUGCCCUGCUGGGGUCUGCUGCUCAACGCCCAGCCCAUCCUGUUAUGUGUGGGCCAGGACCCUGAGGUGGCCAGAAUAGCCCAGCUGUAUAUCACAGCCUUCCUCCCUGCUGUACCUGCAAUGUUUCUGCAUCAUCUUCAGGUUUCUUAUCUCCAGAACCAGGGUAUAAUAUUGCCACAAAUGUAUGCUGCUGCUCUGGCAAACAUAGCAAACGUGCUGACAAACUACAUCUUUCUUCACUGGCUGGAUCUGGAGGUAAGUGGAUCUGCUGCAGCCAACACACUCUCUCAGAUUUACAUCUGUGUGUUUCUGUUUGCUUACAUCCGGUGGAAGAAGAUGCAUGUGAACACAUGGGGAGGCUGGUCUGUGGAAUCGCUGCAGGAAUGGGGCUCCUUUAUGAAACUGGCCAUUCCCAGUACACUGAUGAAGUGCUUCGAGUGGUGGGUUUAUGACCUGGGGGGAUUCUUUGCAGGAAUGCUGGGUGAAGAUGAGCUGGCAGCACAACAUGUUGUGAUGAUGGUUGCAUUAAUAACCUACAUGUGCCCUCUGGGUAUUCAAGCUGCAGCAUGUGCCCGUGUGGGUAACGCUCUCGGUGCAGGAGACAGUGCCAGGGCAAUUCUUACCAGCAAGGUUUCCCUCACUCUUGCAGGCAGCAUCGCAGUCGUUGAGGGUCUGGUGCUUUGCUCCACUAAAUCCGUGAUUGGCUUCGUCUUCACCUCUGAUGAGAAGAUCAUAAAUCUGGUCUCCCACUUGAUGAACGCGUACUGUUUCCUUCAGUUCUUCGAUGGUCUUGUGUGUGUGUGCACCGGCAUCUUCUUGGGCGCGGGCAAACAGAAGAUACCAGCUGUGGCUAAUCUCAUUGGAUACUACUGCAUAGGCCUUUUACUUGGUGCUACUCUAAUGUUCGUUGCAAAGCUGGGAGUUCUGGGGUUUUGGCUGGGGCUGCUGGUCUGUGUCAUUUUACAAUCCACCUUCUACAUCAUUGUCAUCUUCAAGCUGAACUGGGAGAAGAUUACCGAAGAGACGGUGAUUCGAGCUCAGAAAAACACUCACAUCACAUUGUUACGGGCAACUGCUGAUGUAGACGCCGCGGGUGACAACACAGCAAGUAAUGACAACCCUGUGCAUGGCUACACGUCUGUGAGACCCGGGGGCCAUGACGGGAGCACUGAGACACAAGGGGGACCGCAGCAGAACAGAGGUGGUCUCUCCACCACCCAGCUGGUGCUCAGACGAGGCCUCACUAUGCUGGCAGCAGUUGGGCUUCUGGCUGUGGGAGCGAGUGUGCACCUCCUUGUGCCCUUACCAGAGACACUGCCUACAAUUGCCAACUAUACUAUGGACUUGGUCAAUACUACGUACACUCCUGAUCAAAUCUUCUCCACCGCGUUGCUCCCAAAUGAAGAGUCAGACAGACCUUGAGAGUUUAAAUUCACCUCGAUGUUUCUGUUUAUUGCUAGAAACACACAGGUGCUCAAACCCUCUUUGGUUUGACUCAUUGUCUUUUUCCGCUUGGAGAAGAUUUCGCCUUCUUCGUUCUCUCCGCUCUGUGCUCAUCUUCACAUCUGCCUCUCUGCUGUCCUGCCCUGACAUCCUGCGCUGCAAACAUCUGCAUCACGCUGAGCUGGUGGCUGACGAGUUUCUCCGAGCUGGUCAACUGCUCAACAGUCUUUUCUCGGGUUCAUGUCAGCAGUUUGGUGAUCAGUAGGUUCAUAAUGAUCCCAGCAGCUAAGAUGAAAAGCAUGGCGGCCAGAACCAACCCCCUUCGCAGAACCGCAGCCCGGUGACUCAGCUUCAUCUUCAUGUCAACCAGCUCCACCAUGUCUGUGUUGUCAUGGUAGUAAGUUUGAUCAUCUGGCUGCUGACCUGCACACGCACACACACACACACAAACACACACACACACAACACACACACACACACACAUAAACGUCACACUUUCAUUUCAGCUUGGACUUUAAAAUGAUCAAACUCUAUCUUAAACUUUUUUAAGAAAAAAAACUUGAUAUUUGCAUGAAACUGUUCAUUGACAAUGUAAAAUAAACAGUUUUAAAUGAUAUAUUUUUUAAAUAUUUACAGUAGACAGCUGUUUAUAAAUGAUUAAGCCAGUUUACUUGCUAAUGUCAAAUACACAGCAUAUGCUCACACUUGUUAGCAAUACUAAAUGGUAUAUUAUGACUAUAUUAUAUAUAUAUUAUAUUUAUUACAGCCAUAAUGGUGGUUAUGGAGAAUUUUAACUUGAGGGAAUCUGUGAUGAAUCUAUCAAGCUAGUUGCUGAACGUUUUACUUGUGUAUUUAUGACUCAAAUGAUUAAGCCAAGUCAAUAUUUGUUUCGUUGAUCAACCAUUUGAAUAAUUUAUCAAGCACAAAUUAUUUGCAAUUACCAAUUCAAGGACAUCGCCUGAAACUUUGCCUGAAGCAUUUUUACUAUUUUCAGCGAGCAAGACUGGGUUUGUGUCAAUUUAUCUUGUUAUUUGUGUUCUUCAGCAGAGAUACAAUGAUAAUGACUAUAUAGUUCCAGCAGAAUAGUAGUGACCAGUUUUUACAACGUGAAUUUACAUCUAAACAGACUUCUGAUUGUUUCCAGUGCUGAUAUUUUUCAAUAACAAUAUAAAAUGGUGAAGUUGCUGCACUA